AUGGUUUAUGAUGAUAAUGCUCCUUUAAGCACCAAAGAAAAAUCUAAAGCAAACUAUAAUCCAAUAUACAAGGCUGAGACAUAAGAAUAAAUAGGAAACUAUUCAACACCAUAUCGAGUAACUUGGAUUGACAAUCUACAAAGGAAAAUAAUUGUAACUGUUAGAGUAACUUCUGACAUCACUGUUAGAGAGUUUUUAUAAAUGGUUAUUGGAGAAUUCAAUUAAACUUUCAAGAGAGCAGAAAUGGAAUUAUUUUUCUUUCUUAAUGAUUUCUAUAUAUAUGAACUAUAUGAAAUGGAUGAAUAUGAAAGACCAGAUGAAGAACUUCCGCCUUAUGAUGAACAUUAAAAAUUACGUCAACUAAAGACCAAAUCUUUUGCUUUGAAAUACACUUAAAUUAUGUUGAAUUCUUUAAUGGUUUCUUCUUUAAGUGAUCCACUGUCUUGUAAAUCACCAAUAUCCCCAAGAAGUGAAGAGGAAAAACUAAAUCCACAAUAAAAUAAUAUAUAGAAUACAGAUAUUAUUGAUGAAAAAUUAGAUUAUUAAGAACAUAAUCCAAUCAAAGAGAACAAAGAAAUAGAUCAAAAACCUUGGUGGUAUUUAUGUUGUUAUGAUGAAUGA